AUGAAUUUUGACUCGGCUGACGUUCCCCCUAUCCCUCAUCGUGCCCGUGGCCAUCACGCUCAUGGAUACAGUCACUCGAGACGUCGCUCUUUGCAAGGCCCCUCGUCAAAGCGCUCGUCAAAUGUCCCUCCUGCCAGUCCCGAGGUUAUCUCAAACCUGAUCACCAGUCUGAGCGUCAUCUCCGCGCCCGCUACCUCCCACUUCGAGGCAUCUCCUCACAGUCUCUCAUUACCAGCAAGUCCUGGCUACAGCAACGGUAGCUUUGGCGUCGACUACGGAGCCUUCCACCAACCCAGCCUCGACGACCUGAGACAGGAUCCCGUCUCCCUUGACGAACUCGCCGCUCUACCUCCCGUUAUACGCACCUCGAAACCUCCCAGCGGAUACUCUGCGCUGACCGCGGCAAAGAGCCCCAAGAGUCCUCGAAGCCCGAGCCGUGAAGGUGGCCUGCGAUCGUUUAUCCGGAAUAGUACAUCCCGACCGUCGUCCAAAGGAUCCUCACAAGCCUCCAAGAAUGAUGAUGCACAGAGUAUAGGCGGCCUUUCAAUCGAACGACGCUCCAGUGUGGUGACACCCGAGCUGAACCACAAGCAGUCGCACGACAGUUGGGGCAAGAAAACAUCGAGGAGUGCAAAGGGUCUUAUGUACAUGAGUUCGAGGGAGCGUUUACGCGAAAAAGAGGCCGAGCGAAAACGAGUAUCCGGUGGGGUAUCAGCUUCAUCGUCAGGUGCAGUUGCUGGCGAGAGUGUUCACAGUGACGGUCGCAACGAUCCCUUUUUCGCCGAAACAGCCAUUCGGGAAGAGUCGCAGUACGAACUUCCGAACGAGCGCCCAAUGGAUGGUCCUUGCGCUAUCCCGGCGCGGGGUUCCAGUCUGGCUAAGACUACCCAACCCUUGCGUUCGAGCGGGAGGAGAUCAAGGCAGGAUGGCGCGGUUACUGAUGUGAUACCAGAAGGAGACGAACAUAUGAGACCUCGAGAACGGGACACCGAUAGAAGGAGACCGCCGCAUAAUACACAUCAAUCGAGGUCGUCCACGAGAUCGCCUGUCUAUGGUCUCAAGGACGCUUCCCCUUCCAAGACCACUAGCGUGGCUGGUAGAAGCUUCCUCGACAUUAGCCGAGACGACGACGGCUUGAGUGAUGAGGAGGACCUGGGCGCGCCCUUUCCUGCUGUUGCCCAAAACAGAAAGCGAGAUCAGAGUAACGACCGCCAAGAUAGGAGACGAUCAGGACAACCAAGUCCAGCGCCAACUGAGGGAGUCAAGGUGAAGCGCAGCAGUUCACGUCUCAAGCGCUUGUCUGAGCCUCUAAAUCUCAAAUCCGAAGACCGAAUUCGCGCCCCUAGUCCUCAACCGCAAGUCCAGCACCAGUCGCGCAAUAACCACCACGAUCGACCUCAAUCUGCUGACUCUGUUGAUGGUGCUGUCGACUCAUAUUUAUGCUCACCACGGUUGUCGCAAAAGAUUCGACAUCCCCAGACGGGUCGCGUAAUCUCGUUCUCUGAAGUGGGUGAUUCUGAGGGUUCUGCGGUCUUUUGUUGUGUCGGCAUGGGCUUGACGAGAUAUAUCACUGCCUUUUACGACGAGCUGGCAUUGACAUUGAAGCUGCGACUCAUUACACCAGAUCGACCAGGUGUUGGUGAUAGCGAAGCUUACUCGGAUGGUACUGCAACGCCGUUGAGCUGGCCUGAUGAUGUCUACGCUAUCUGUCAAACUCUUAAAAUCACCAAGUUCUCGAUCCUUGCUCAUUCUGCUGGCGCCAUUUACGCCUUGGCCACGGCACUCCGAAUGCCUCAACACAUUCGAGGCAGGAUACACCUUCUUGCGCCAUGGAUUCCUCCAUCCCAAAUGAACGUUUUCGGCACUUCGCAGGCUCUCCCACCUACCAACGCCAUCCCGACUGCCCAACGUAUCCUUCGAGCCCUUCCUACGCCCAUUCUCAAAGCUGCCAAUAGCAGUUUUAUGACAGCAACAAGUAGCUCCAUCACAAGCUCAUUGCCCAAAACACCACGACGAGGAAAGAAGAAGAACGGUCGCGAAAGCACAGGAAGUACACGGAAUGUUACACCAAGUAUCGAUAAGGAGAACAUCUACAAUAAGGCUACUACCAAUGGACACGGCGAUGAAGUCGACCAUCACCCUGCAUCGGAGAGUAUGGAUAGGAUGAGUAUUCCACAGGGGGGAAGAGGCGAAUCAGAUAUCAUCGCCGCGGCGUCUGACGCCAUGGCGGAUAAGGAACGACAGAUGAACUACGAUCUGCGACUUACCCAUGCUAUUUGGGAACUCGCAACAACAGGAGCAAAUCCUGCUGUCGACCUUUUAGUUUGUCUCGAACGACGUCACACCAUUGGUUUCCGAUACGUCGAUAUUACAAGACCAGUUGUCAUCCACCAUGGCAGCCGAGACACCCGCGUCCCCGUGGACAAUGUCAAAUGGCUUGGCAAGACUAUGCGUCGCUGCGAAGUCAGAGUCCUCGAGGGCGAAGGCCAUGGACUCAUGGCCAGCGCGAGUGUCAUGGGCUCGGUGUUGAUGGAGAUGAGUAAGGAGUGGGAGGAUUGGAUGAAGGUCACAGGGGCCGAGGGGGGCAAGAAAGAUCGUGAGAGAGGACGACGAGGAACUCUCGUGCGAUAA